AUGGCGGAGCGAUUAGCAACUAUAUGUAUAGUCAAUCGUUCACAGAAGUAUUUUUUCGGUAUAGAUGAGAAGAAUGAGAAGUCGUACGGUGUCAUCAUGGAUGCGGGUUCUACAGGAACUCGACUCUUCUUGUACACCUGGACGAGUAACUCAGACAAAGAACUAAUCGAUAUUGCUCCUGCACUUGACCACCUGAAUAAUCAUGUUGUCAUGAAAGUGUACCCAGGACUGAGUACGUUCCAAGACCGUCCCGAUAAGGCUGCAGAAUAUAUAAAACCGUUACUGGAUUAUGCAGCACAGUUCAUACCUCACGAGAAGUUGCCGUACACACCUGUUUUUCUUCUCGCAACGGCUGGAAUGCGACUUGUUCCUGAGAAACAACAAGCUGCGAUUCUCACCGAUCUUCACACUAAGCUGCCUCAAAUGACGACAAUGCAGAUUAUGAAAGAGCAUAUAAGAGUAAUCGAAGGCAAAUGGGAAGGCAUUUAUAGUUGGAUCGCAGUGAACUACAUUUUAGGUAAAUUCAAGAUAAAAAACGGUUCAAUGACUUCUCGACCAGACACAGUGGGAAUGAUUGACAUGGGAGGUGCUAGCAUGCAAAUUGCAUUCGAAAUGCCGCCACAAGAUGAAUUCCGCAGUGAAAAUGUAGAAAAUGUCAAUCUUGGCUGCCGUGAUGAUGACGAUAGACACAAGUACAAGCUAUUCGUGACAACAUUCUUGGGCUACGGAGUCAAUGAAGGUCUUCGAAAAUAUGAGCAACAGUUGAGCGAUUCAGCUCCUGGCGACUAA